AUGAAGAACAGUAGCUUUGAUACUUUUAGCUGUGGCAUUGAAAAGUUGACUAGUGGUGCAGGAGGCUGCUCUGAUUAUUCAGAGAUCGACAUUGUGAACGAGUUGGGAAACAUAUUGAAAAGCCUAAGAGAUGAUUGCAGCCUAAUGCAUUCAGAAGGAGGACUCACUAAAGGCUGCAAUCAGUGUUUGAGGACAUGGGGAUCAUUAACUUCAAAAUCGAAAAAUAACUCAAUGAAACUCGAAGCUGACAUUUGUAGAUUUAGUAUGUUGAUUUUGUUAACAAGCCAAAGAAUUUCUGAUGAGAGUUGGAUUGACAAAAUCUUUUAUUGCCUAGGAGACAACUCUCUCCCUUUAGUAUCUUCUGUAGAUGAGAUUGGAAGUGAAACUAGGCAUAGAACAAAGUUUAAAAGAGAUCUUGGGAUUCUAAUUGGUGGUAUAGUAGGGCUUAUAGUAAUAAUAAUCACUGCGGUGUGGAUCUUAUUGAAAAGGAAGAAUGAAGUUAAACCAUCAAGUGGAAGAUAUAUAUCAGAUGGAUCUUACUCUGAAGAAUCAAGCUAUCGUAAACUAUCACUUAAAGAAAUUUACUCCGCGACUGACAAUCUCAUCAUGUCUAACUUCAUAGGUCAAGGCAUAGCUGGAAAAGUAUACAAAGGAAUUCUGGCAGAUGGACAAUAUGUGGCGAUUAAGCACAUAAUUAAGGACGAACAAAUGGAGACAUUUGUUAGAGAAGUUACAAGUGUCUCGCAUAUUAGACAUCCGAACCUUGUAUCCUUGCUAGGACACAAUGAUGGACCAAAUGAGUGUUUUCUAGUUUAUGAGCUAUGCCACAAUGGAAAUCUUUCUGAAUGGUUAUUUGGUAAAAGUAAAUAUCUCUCGUGGAGACAAAGACUAGAAAUUGCACUUGAUUGUGCCCGCAGUCUCCUGUUUCUCCAUUCGUAUCCUCAAGGCUCCAUUGUUCACCGGGAUAUCAAGCCAGCAAACAUUCUUCUAUCUGCCAACUUUGAAGCUAAACUCUCAGACUUUGGUUUGUCCAAAAUUAUUAGCAUUGGUCACUCUUAUGCUAGCUCAGAAGUGAGAGGAACUUUUGGUUAUGUUGAUCCUGAGUACCAAAAGAACCGACACGUAAAUUCUUAUGGUGAUGUCUAUAGCUUUGGGAUAGUUCUGCUACAACUAUUAUCUGGACAAAGGGUUAUCAACUUGAAUUUGCAGAAUCCAAUGCCUCUAAGUAAAAUGGCGAAAAACUUGACUAAAGGUGGGAACAUCAAAGAAUUUGCUGAUCCCAAAAUGGAGGGGAAAUUCUCAAUGGAGGCUUUUGAACUUAUGCUUAAGUUAGCUUUAGUUAGCAUAGGGCUGCAGCAACGACCAUCCAUGGAACAAGUGGUUGUUAAACUCGAAGAGGCUCUUGAUUUAUCAACAAGAGUUGAGUCAGUCCAUCUUUAG